CAUACGUUGUUCUCUCCCUUGACAAAGUCCAUCGUGUGAAGCUAUGCAAGUAUUGAAUCCAGUAAAAAGUGUGGGUAUAGCAUUUGCUACAUACGUAGUACAGUCUACAGCCCAUAAAACUGUUUUACCUAUACUUAGCAGUAAUAGAAAAUAUUCAAAAAUGUCCAAGUUGAGGGGAGCUGACAGAUUGAAAGGAACGGAGAAAAAUGUCUGGGUAGAGUUUGGAAAGCUUGCUGUCGAUUAUAAAGCUUUGAAUUUAGGACAGGGAUUUCCCGAUUUCAAACCCCCACAACAUGUGAUUGACAAGAUGGUUCAUGCUGUUGAUGGUUCAGAUAAUGCUUUACUGAGUCAGUACACUCGUAGUUAUGGACAUCCAAGAUUGGUGAAUGUUCUUGCCAAAUUGUAUAGCCCUUUAAUAGGCCGAACUUUGGACCCAAUGAAUAAUGUUACCAUUUCUAUUGGGGCCUAUGGUGUUUUGUUUUGUGCUAUUCAAGGGUUGAUUAAUCCUGGUGAUGAGGUAGUUAUUGUAGAGCCAUACUUUGAUUGUUAUGAACCUAUGGUAAAAGUGGCUGGUGCCAUUCCAAAAUAUGUCCCACUCCGUCCAAUAAAGAAAGAAGGUGUGCUGUCAAGUGAUGAUUGGAAGUUAGAUCCUGUAGAAUUGGAAAGCAAGUUUAGUGCCAAAACUAAAGCUAUAAUGAUCAAUAAUCCUAAUAAUCCAGUAGGAAAGGUAUUUAGGAAAGAAGAGUUGGAAAUGAUAGCCAAUCUGUGUAAGAAGUAUGAUUGUAUAUGUAUAUCUGAUGAAGUUUAUGAAUGGAUGAUUUACGAUGACAAUAAACAUCUCAAAAUAGCUUCUUUACCUGGUAUGUGGGAGAGAACAGUAACAAUGGGAAGUGCUGGUAAAACAUUUAGUGCUACUGGAUGGAAAUUAGGAUGGGGAGUUGGUCCAGAUCAUCUGAUUAAACCGAUGCAGAUCUUGCAUCAGAACUGUAUAUACACCUGUCCAACACCUAUACAGGAGGCAGUAGCAGAAGGUCUGGAGUAUGAAUUAUCUGUUCAAGACAAGAAAGAAGAAUGUUACCUGACCAGUCUUGCUCUUGAAUUAAAACCUAAACGUGACGCUCUAGCUAAAUCAUUGACAGAAAUUGGUAUGAUACCCACAAUCCCUGAUGGUGGAUAUUUCAUGAUGGCCGAUAUUUCUAAUUUAAACAUAGAUAUUCCAGAUGAUGGCACUAAGGAUCCUUAUGAUUUUAAAUUUGUACGAUGGCUGUGUAAAGAAAAGAGAUUAUCUGUGAUACCGCCCUCAGCUUUCUAUAACCAGGAACAUAAAAAUCUUGGAGAGAAGUUUGUCAGAUUUUGUUUUAUAAAGAAAGAUGAAACUCUAGCCAAAGCAGAUGAAAUUUUCAAGGAAUGGAAAGCUUCACAAGGAAAAUAAGCAUUGAUUGGUUUUGAAAGCGAUUGGAUGUUAAUAGUGAUAAUUGGAUGAAAUGAUUUGACAACCAAAGACAAAAAUUAUGAAUUAAAAUUAUAUUUUUUGUUAUUAAACUGAAUUACUGAACACGACCACGUUAUUUAAAAAAAGGCAACUUGUAUCUGAUGGUGUUUUUUUUUAGCAUAAAUUGAGUUUGUGGACGUGAACAGUAACAUUCCAUGUUCACUCUGUGAGAUCAGUAACUGCCCAUCAUCAUACUGUGAGAUCUGUUGAUACACUUUAUAUUUCACAUAUUUUCAAAGCAUUCUAGCAUUUAAAAAAAUGCCUAAAUCCGUAUAUUUGAUUACAUUGAAUGAAAUCAUGUUUUAAUGGCUGUAUAUUUGUGAACAGAAAAAUUAUUUUUUUUGGUUUUUAGAUUAAGCCUGGAAUAAAUCACCAUUUACUGAUGAAUAAAUGAUCUAAAUGGUUGUGUCACUUACAUAUGUUUACUUGAAUUGUGAUUCCAGUAGUAAUUUAUGUAGGUUAGAUAACAGAUACAUACUGCCGCAUGAGAGUAAGAUUGACAAUAUUUUUCUAUAUAUGUGAAAAAAAAAACCACACAAAUAUAUGAUACAUAAGAUAGUCAAAGAACUAGCUGUUAGGUGAGCAACAAGUUAUUUUUUUUAAAAGAGAAUUUGGAAAUGAUAAAGUAUUAAACAUGAUUGGUAGGCUAUGUUGACAUUGCUUUAAUAAACUACCAGAAACAUUAAUAUAGUCAGCUUUAUCAAAUCCAUUUUACUCUUCUAGUCAUUUGUUGGUAAAAAAUCUAAACUGUUAUUUAUUUAUAUUUUCACACUAAAAUUUUGGAGGCUGAAUAUUAAACUGCUUUUCUUUAAUCAGUGAUUUUUCUUUUAUCAAGUUGUUUAUUCAAGCUUUGGUCAGGAUUAUUUUAUUUGUAAAGCGCCUUUAUAUUUUUAUUGUCAUGAAAUAUAGGGCAUCAGAAUUUGUUAAUAUUGUAAGACCACAGUAAAAAAAUUCAAGAUUGUCAUCCUUGCCUUUCUUUAGAAUAUACCAACUGCCUAAGAAAAAAAAUAUAGCUGAAGUUUGCCACUUGAAAGAAGGAAAGCAAGUUCAUAAAUUUAAAACAGUUCUUUUCUUUAGCAGAAGUGAAAUGAAAGGGAAAUUUGCUUACCUGCUCAAGUUUAUUUUUGAUUGAGAAACUAAAUGUUAUUUAUAUAGUCUUAAGGUGGUACAUAACAAUACAGGGAGAUAACUCUGUAAAAAUCAGCUGAACGUUUUAAUCAUGUUCUAUUGUCAAGGAAAUAUUAAGAUUCUUAAUGAUCAAAAUUAGUGUUUGUCAAACUGCUAUGUAUCCAAUGAAAUUUUUCCAAUAAAGUGUGUGGUACAAGUUUUUUGAAAUUUUUAUAUUUUUAUCAAAGGGUCAAAGUAAAUAUUUUGUCAAAUUUUUAUGAAAAUUAAACGAGCCAAAUUAAUUUUAGUCAAGGUGUUUGGUACCACCUUAAGGUAUCAACAUAGUUAAUGUAUACAAUAUGUCCUGUUUCAAUUAUAUCUGGAUAAAAUGUUUUACAGAUUUGUUUUAAAGUCUUGUUAUGGAAGACCAAUGUUUGUUAUUUUAUGAUAGACUGUGAGUUUGACCGUAUGAAUGGAUAUUGUCACUCUUUUUGGAAUAUUGAUAUUUGACUCUCAGUCAGUGUUGAUCGCUGUUAAUAAUAUUUAAUUAGUAAUAAAUGGAAAAGAAAUA